AUGGCUGAUCAACCCCGAGAAUGCGUUUUACAACUAGAAGAUUAUAUGGAAUGUUUACAUCAUAAAAAAGAGAAAGCGCGUGCACAAGCAAUUAAGAAUGAAGAAUUAAAACAAAGAAAACAAAGAAAAGAAGCUGCCGAGGUAGCACGUAAAAUCACGGAGUCAAAUGCAAAAAGCGAUGUAAUGAGAAUAGGAAUUUUGAUGCAAACGAUCAAAUAUUUAUAA